GGUAAAGAGACGCAGAUAGCUUUGUGAGAGGAGAUAAGAUUGCAUAGAAGCUUAGGCAAUUUUGCUAUCUGCGUAUUAUAGAUUUAGAGGUCACAAAGACUCACAACACACAACCCUCUUGAGUUGAGCAUUAACUACAUACAAUGGCCUCAGCAUCUCUCCUUAACUCAUCUCCAGUUCUUGACAAGUCCGAAUGGGUGAAGGGCCAGACCCUCCGCCAAACCCCAGUUUCAGUUGUCCGCUGCCUCCCCACCGCCCCAUCGGCUCUCACCGUCCGAGCUAGUUAUGCUGAUGAGCUUAUCAAGACAGCGAAAAUAGUUGCAUCACCGGGGCGUGGUAUUUUGGCCAUGGAUGAGUCUAACGCUACCUGUGGAAAGCGUCUGGCCUCAAUUGGGCUGGAGAACACAGAGGCGAACCGCCAAGCUUACCGGACCCUCCUCGUGUCAGUUCCCGGCCUUGGCCAAUACAUCUCUGGUGCUAUCCUCUUUGAGGAGACACUCUACCAAUCCACCACUGAGGGCAAGAAGAUGGUUGAUGUCCUAAAAGAGCAAAACAUUGUCCCUGGUAUCAAAGUCGACAAGGGUUUGGUGCCUUUGGCUGGUUCCAACGAUGAGUCAUGGUGCCAAGGUCUUGAUGGCCUUGCUUCCCGCACUGCUGCCUACUACCAACAGGGAGCUCGUUUCGCCAAAUGGCGUACUGUUGUGAGCAUUCCCAAUGGCCCCUCUGCCUUGGCUGUGAAAGAAGCCGCUUGGGGUCUUGCCCGCUAUGCCGCCAUCUCUCAGGACAAUGGGUUGGUCCCAAUUGUGGAGCCAGAGAUCUUGCUUGAUGGUGAGCAUGGAAUCGACAGGACUUUUGAGGUGGCUCAGAAGGUCUGGGCUGAGGUUUUCUUCUACCUCGCUGAGAACAACGUCAUGUUUGAAGGGAUCCUCCUCAAGCCCAGCAUGGUCACACCUGGAGCUGAAUGCAAGGAGAGGGCUACCCCUGAAAAGGUUGCUGACUACACUCUCAAGCUCCUCCAAAGGAGAAUCCCCCCUGCAGUUCCCGGAAUCAUGUUCUUGUCUGGUGGGCAAUCUGAAGUUGAGGCAACCCUGAACUUGAACGCGAUGAACCAAUCUCCCCACCCGUGGCAUGUGUCGUUCUCUUAUGCUAGAGCUCUCCAGAACACCUGCCUGAAGACGUGGGGAGGGCGUCCGGAGAGCGUGAAGGAUGCUCAGGAGGCUUUGCUCAUCCGGGCCAAGGCCAACUCUCUUGCUCAGCUCGGCAAGUACACCGGUGAGGGAGAAUCUGAAGAAGCCAAGAAAGGAAUGUUCGUCAAGGGCUACGUGUACUAAGCUGUUUCUCCAAGUCUAUAGGUGAAGAAGAAGACGAUGAAGAAGAAGAAGAAGCCACAGGGAUGAAAUUCUCUCUCCCAGUGUGUUGGUUAUAGCCAUGGAGACUAUUUUUGUUCAUUACAUGUGUACUUUUAGCCAUUUAAUAAUCUACCUGCUGAUGAGACUGUUAGUGUGAUUAACGCAUUGUAUACUAAAACAGUUCGAAGUUGGAGUUUGAACUUCUUCAAAUA